CUGGUUCACCUAGACCCACUUUUGGAUACGCCCCCAAACCAGCCCCUUCCUCUUCGAGAAAUGAAUGUGUAAUCAAACACAUUGAAAAGAGGCACGUCGACGUUACGCAUCUUGGCGUUGACUCGCUGCUUGGUAACGACGUGAGACGUCAACGCUGCCAGCGUGGAAAGCCGAGCUGCUCCAGGAAGUAAACGAAACCUUCUGUCGUGGAGAAGAGAGUGUCAAGGAAACCGGAUUAUAAUAUCACUGAAAUAUCAGAUAAAUCCAUAGACGGGGCGAUCGUUCUGUCCCUGUCUGCCGUCGUCAUGGACACGUCAUUUCAGCAGAUUACAGUGGAUCCCACUUUAGCUGAGAUGGGGAAGAACCUCAAUGAAGCCAUGAGGAUUUUGGAAGAUGGUCACAGGGAGAGUGAGGAGCAGCAGAGGCACAGCAGGAAGGAUAUUCCAGGACCACUGCAAGGCAGCGGACAGGAUGUGGCCCAUAUUCUCCAGGUAGUACAGAACCUCAUGCAUGGAGAUGAAAAUGAGGACUCGCAGUCUCACCGCAGGAUGCAGAAUGUGGGAGAGCAGGGUCACAUGGCCUUGCUGGGGCACAGUCUGGCCGCCUACAUCUCGGUGCUGGACAAGGAGAGGCUGCGCAAACUUACCACUCGCAUCCUGUCCGACACCACCCUCUGGCUCUGCAGACUGUUCAGAUAUGAGAACGGUUCAGCGUAUUACCACGAGGAUGACCGGGAAGGGCUCCUGAAGGUGUGCCGGCUCGUUAUCCACUCGCGCUUCGACGAUUACAGCACAGAGGGCUUCAACAUGUUAUACAACAAACAACCUGUCAUCUACCAGAGCGCCGCCUGCAGGUCAGGCCUGGGGCAGCACCUCUGCAACCAGCUGGGCCUGCCUCUCUCCAGCCUCUGCACAGUCCCCUGUAACACCAUGUUCGGCUCUCAGCACCAGAUGGAUGUUGCUUUGCUGGACAGACUCAUUAAAGACAACGUGGACUCUGGGAAGCUGCCCUUACUACUUAUUGCUAACGCUGGCACGCCUGCUGCAGGACACACUGACAAGCUGGGCCGUCUGAAGGAGCUCUGUGCCCAGUACAGCAUGUGGCUUCAUGUCGAGGGAGUAAACCUGGCAACCCUGGCUUUGCCAUAUGUCAAGUCCUCAGUAAUGGCCGCCACUCAGUGUGACAGCAUGACCCUGACCCUGGGACCCUGGCUGGGGCUGCCGGCCGUUCCUGCGAUCACCCUGUACCGACACGAGGACCCUGCCUUGUCGCUGGCGGCGGGCCUGACCUCCAUCCAGCCUGUGGAGAAGCUGCGUGCGCUGCCGCUCUGGCUGUCCCUGCAGUACCUGGGGCAUGAUGGCAUCGUGGAGCGCAUCAGACACGCCUCCCAGCUGAGCCAGAGACUGUUAGAUCAUCUGACAAAGCAGACAGCAAUUACAAAAGCGGUGGAAGAUGAUUUAAACUCCCCGGUGGUUGUCUUUCGGUUUUCACAGACCGAUGCUAACUCAGCAGCUCAGAGUGGGGGUCCACUAGAGACGCUCCUAAGCAAUGAGCGAGAGAUCCAGGACACCCUGAACCGAUGGCUGGGAGAGCAGUUGGCCCUGCUGGUUCCAGCCAGUGGAGUGGACAUAGUGAACCUGGAGGACGAGGGAAGCUGUGUGAGGUUCAGCCCCCUGAUGACAUCAGCAGUUUUGGCAACAAAAAAUGAGGAUGUGGACGCGCUGGCCGAGUGUCUGCAGGAGAAGAUCCCUGUUCUGAUCAGCACACUAAGGCUGCGAGAGGAGUUCAGAGAAGAGGUGCACUGCAUUGCUGCACUCACUUACAUAGAGGACCUCAGCUGGCCAGGGCUGGGAACAGUUAGGUACGAGCUGAGCAGUGAGGAGCCUGAUGAGAAUAAGAGGCAGGCAGAGCUGGAGAAGAUAAGCAGCGUGCUGCUGAAGAAACUAAAGGAGCUGGACUCUGACCUGACCUUCUCUACAGGACCAGAGUUCGGCCCAGAGAAAAACUGCCUGUACAUUGGCAUGGCAACGGAAGAUCUGGAUGUGGCGGAGUUGGUGGAGAUGAUCGCUGCCAUUGGACGAGAGAUCGAGGAGAACUCCAGGCUCCUGGAGAACAUGACUGAGGUGGUCCGCAAGGGGAUCCUAGAGGCAGAGCUGCAGCUACAGAAAGCCACAGAGGAGAAGCUCCUGGAGGAGGGAGUUUUGCGUCAGCUCCCAGUUGUUGGUUCCGUCCUGAACUGGUUUUCGCCCGUCCAGAGCUUGGUGAAGGGAAGGACCUUUAACCUGACGGCAGGUUCUGUGGACUCUACAGAGCCUACCUACUCAAUGAAGGCUCAAAGCACCGGAGGAUCACUGCCUCCCACUCCCACCUCUGCCCGCACCAAACACAGGAUCCCAGGUCAGAAACUGUUCCGAAGGUCACUGGUCAGCUCAGACGGUGUCAGUGAGACAAGCUCAGUGGGUCAGGUAGAGGAACUGGGGAAGGAGGAGCUUAGAGAGACUGCCCCCGAGGGAAGGGAGGCCGACGUCCAAAAAGAACCUGAACCCGAGACUGAGCAGAGGGGAGUAACCCCAGGAGAGGGCGAGCAAAAGGGAAAGCGAGAGCCAGAGGUAGAGGGCAGGGAGACAGAGAAUCCCAGUAUACUGAGAUAGGCACGCCAGGGGAGAGUUGUGUGUCUUGAACACGAUGCCUACAGGUUAAGGGGAGAGGUUUGAGGUGUGGGGUGGCAGCAUCUUAGCCUGGGUGUGGGGGAAGCCAAAUAUAUCCAGAUUAUUUUAUAUUGAGAAAAAUAAUAUAUACGGUAAAAAGUUAAUCUGUAACCUGAAGUGAAUUUGCAACUUGAGAAUACCUGAAACUCAAAAUAUAAAGAAUGUGAUAACAAACCGGUCCCUUGCAGCAGCAUUGUUUUUUUUUUUUUUCACUAUUCAGGGUUUGAUAGUACAGAACAUUCAUUUCUGAACAUUUAAUAUAAUCCUGGAUUCAUCUGGGCUAAACUAAAAGUUUAGCAAUGUUAAAUGUUUAUCAUGCAGUACAGGAAUACAGCACCUUCCAAUAUAUUUAUGUACAACAAAAGCCUUGUACUUACGGAAUUCUGCAUCUCUUGAAGUAAAGUUUGAAAACCUGAUGUCACAAAUGGCUUGGCACAGUAAUUGCUUGUUUGCGAUUAUAAUUGCUUCAAGUAAAAGUUGGCCAUCUCUUUAAGAAGCGCCUGUCAAUCUGUGAAUGUGUCAUUGUACAGAAUCCUAUAAAAAAAAAAAAAAAAAAAACACUGCUGCUGUUCUGGGUUUGUUCAUUUGCUUGUACUCUACUGGGGUUCAAAUCAGAGGUAAUGUCUUUUUACAAGGCACCUAGUUUUAGUUUCACCUCUGGGAUUUCCUCCUGUUGCAGGAUGUGGAGUGGUGUUUUCAGGUUGUAGUUCUCCUGGUUAGCGCUCCCCACACCCUUAUUCCAUCCCUCUGGCUUCCCAAAGAAGCUGUUGGUGCCGUUUCAGCUACCACUCACUGGAAAUGAGGUAGGGCAAAGCACUACUGCAAAAUACAAACUAGCUGCUCAAGUAUCCAGCGACUAAGAGACACUUCCCAAUACAAACAUAAUUUCAGAUUAAUUAAUUAAUUAAAUAAUGUUUAUUAACGUUUUUAAAAGCCUACCGCCUCCUGCUCCCCAGAACCUUGAUGUUUAAUUAUUUUAUUUAUUCUCAUAAACUUCACGAAAAUCAGAACCUUCCAGAGAUGCUCUCAUAUAUAAAGCUAAAUAAAAAUGGUCUAGUAGUAACAAGAUUAAUGUAGUUUAAAUAUUUUUCAGAAAUUGGUCAUAGAAGUUUAGGUGCCUCGUGUUAUAAUGGUCUCCGUCUAGCAACUGCAGCCAAGGAAAAUACAUUGUUAACCAAUGCAUUUAGUUGUAUGUCUAGUUCACCUUAUGAUUUAAAUAUCUGGAUGCUUGGCAUUUAAAGAAUGUAUGUUCAUAUAUUUAUAUGGUAUUCAUUAGGUCAGCAAUCAGUUCAAGGUCCAAGGGCUAAUAGCAGAACAGUAAAACCAAACUGGGUACAAUUAUAUUAAUAAAGGUGCUGUGUUUAUAUUGGUUAACUACUGCCUGAUAUCAUUAAUCACACACAAGCACCUGGCAUAUAAAACAAACAAGAGGCUGCAGUGGCCCCUUACUAAUGUAUGUGAGUUUGUCUUGGGGGUUAUAAAGGCUGCAUAUAGCUCUGUCUCCAAUUUGGAGCAGGGCUACAGGGUGGAAACUGUAAAGAAAAAAAAGAGCAAUACAUGCAGUGUGCUUCUUAUGCAGGAUUUCUCUCUGCCUCUGUACUCAUGAAAAUAGUCCAGGCUGUGCUAUCAAAAACACUUGCCAGUGCUAAGCAGUGGAGUGUACUUUGUUUUUAUUUAUAACAGUAGAUGUAACACUUGCCAAACCCAGAUACAUUUUUUUGCAGAUGACCAACAGAACUAAAGGGUAAGAUUAUUUGGAAAGUUUUUUUUUUGUGAAAGUGCUUAUGGAUCUUUUAAUGAUCUGGUCUUCCUUAUGCACACUUAUUUUGUAUUUUUUGUGCAAUGAAGAAUAUUGAUUUACAGAGACUGGGAAGAAAUUAAGUUUGUGUCUUGAUUUAAUAUAUACUGUAGGGAUGGGAGGGCUAAUGUUUGUUGUUUUUACCUUAUUUUAUUUGUUGCUGUUUAAACACUAACACUGUAUUUAAAGAUUAUUUUAAAAAGAACGAGUCAUUUGGACUGCUGUUAAAAUGCUUCCUUUUUAAGAGGAUUGUUUAACGUUUGCUUUUAAAGCUGUGACAAUGAAUCCAACCCAAUGUCCUGUUCAGAUUUUGUUUUUGGAAAAACUAAUUAUGUUCCAAUCCUGACUACUUUAUUAAAACUUGGACAUAAAACA